UUAGCUCAUCAGAACUCAUAAUGCAGCAGAAAUUGUACAUAAGCAUGGCAGUCUUUGUCAUUGACUGGCAGCUCUGUUCCUUGAGGAGAAGAGGUAGAGCCCCAGCUAACUCAAAUUAAAAAAAUUGGUGCGGCCAAAAGGCAGAGCACGAGAUAUUCUGUAAGCACUUGAUCAGAAUGUUUCUUCGACUACUUUUACUUGUAAUCAUCUUCAAGGUUUCCAUGUCACAGUCAAUAAUCCAGACUUUACCAGGCUUUUCUGGUAAUCUUCCCUUCAAACUUGAAACCGGGUACAUUGGAGUAGGUAAGUUGGAUGCAGUGCAACUAUUCUAUUACUUCAUUGAGUCUGAGAGGAACCCAAGAGAUGACCCCCUUCUGCUUUGGCUCACCGGUGGCCCUGGUUGCUCUGCAUUCUCUGGUCUUGUUUAUGAGAUUGGUCCAUUAACUUUCAACUAUAAUAAUUCCAGAGGAACCAAGCCAACAUUUAAGCUGAAUCCGUAUUCAUGGACGAAGGUUGCCAACAUUAUAUUUCUGGAUCAACCAGUUGGUACUGGAUUCUCAUAUGCAACAAAAGCAGAAGGAUAUAAUACUAGUGAUACAUCGUCAGCAGCACAAACCUAUGAAUUUCUAAGGAAGUGGCUUAUGGUCCAUCCAGAGUUCCUCUCAAAUCCACUUUAUAUUUCUGGUGACUCUUACUCCGGUAUAACUGUUCCAAUCAUCGUUCAGGAAGUGUUAAAUGGUCUUCAUAUUGGACAUCAGCCGCCAAUGAAUCUCCAAGGAUACAUCCUAGGCAACCCUUUCACAGAUAGAGACUAUGACUUUAACUCUAGGAUUUUGUUUGCUUAUCGAAAGGCACUCGUAUCAAAGAGUCUAUAUGAGUCAACAAAAAGAAACUGCAAGGGGGAAUAUACAACUCCAGAUCCAAACGACACAGCCUGCAUGUCUGAUCUUCAAGCUGUUACUCAGUGCCUUGGAAACUUAGAUGAGGCACAAAUACUGGAACCGAAUUGUGAAAGAUUGUCUCCAAAACCCAAAAGAGCAAAGUGGGAUCACGGAUCACUUGGGGACAGCUCUUUAGCUGUUCUUCUGUCCACUCCUCAGUCUGCUGAACUGUGGUGCCGGAACUAUCAUUAUCUCUACUCCUACGUUUGGGCUAAUGAUAAAACUGUCAGAAGCGCUCUUCAUAUUCGAGAGGGAACAAUUGGGGAGUGGUUGAGAUGCAAUGGCAGCUUAUCCUAUGACUAUGAUGUCUCAACUAGUAUUGAUUAUGAGCGAAACCUGACCAGGGAACAGCUUCGAGCUCUCAUUUACAGUGGCGAUCAUGACAUGGUCAUUCCUUAUUUGGGCACAAUAGCAUGGAUAGAAUCAUUCAAUUUGACAGUCCAGGUUGACUGGUAUCCAUGGUUGGUUGAUGGUCAAGUUGCAGGAUACAAUAUGAAUUACGCGGAGGAGAAGUACUCUUUGACAUACGCAACUAUUAAGGGUGGGGGUCACACUGCUCCAGAAUACAAACCUAACGAAGCCCUUGCCAUGAUUGAAAGGUGGCUCGCUCAUUUCCCAUUAUAAAAGCAUAAGAAGCCCCGAGAAUCAAGAUAAUUAAUUAGCAGUAGUUAAUCUAUUUCAUAGUUGAACCUUCAUGGUUUCAACCAAUAAUAUGACGCUUUCGUUUCAUUUGAGAUCGAACCAGCUUGGUUUCAUUGGUCCAUCAAAUUAUUUAUGUUCCCUAUAUAUGCUUCAUUAUCUGAAUUGACCCCAUAUAUGUAUAUAGGAGCUUGGGUA